GCAGAGGUGCUGCUGCCUUCCGCGAGGCUGCAGUGGGGACCUGGGAGGCUGGAAGGCGUGGGGACGUACUUGGUUUUAAUAUGCAAGGGUGGGGGGGAUUGGGGAUUUUACUGGGGAGAAGCAUUCUACCCACCCCCAACUCUCUCUUCUCUGGUCCACAAGCAACAAUUAGUUUGUUGUGUUUUGUUGUGUUGUGUUGUGUUUUUCCAGCAAGUGGGAGAACGAACGGCGGCCUGUCCCCUCCCGAGGCUGCUCCAGCCUCGCGUGCUGACACCUCGAGGAGGGCUUUGGACUGCUCGGGUUUGCUCCGGGUCUCGGUACCUCCUAGUCCCCUUACAUUUGCGCGUCUGGACAAACACAGCCCUAACGCCUACAGUCCCGAUCGAGGCUUCUGCCUUUCCGGACUGUGUCGGCUCCGCGGACAAUUCCAGGCGAAGUCCCCCAACACUUCUGUGAGAAAAGUGGGGGAUGGGGACCCUGCCGCCCCUGCCCUGAACCCAAUCUCCCUGGUCCCGCGUGACCAAGGCCGCUCCAUGCCGGGCAGGCAGGGGGCGCCGGGGAGGGUUAGUGACCCGAGACCCGGGCUGCAUCCAGAAAAAGAACAAGAGGUUUUGCCGUGCUCUCUCCCGGGCCUAAGGUCCCGGCAGCCCGCCCCCUGGGGGUCACUCGGCGCCCGGCCAGCCUGGGGCUCGAAGGCGGGAGCAGGCCCUUUCGGCCCCCUUCUCGGCGGCCGUCGCCGCUGGCUGUGCGCCCUGCCCUCCUCACUGUCCAGGCGCUCGCCGGGCCUCUUCUCUCCUCACCUGCCCUCGGCUCCGCGGAGGCGGUGCUCCGCACUGCCCGUGCCUCACUACCACCACAGACGCGGCGACUACAGCCCCCACUCUCGUCUCCCCCACUCCCCACGCCAGUCGUCCCGCGGCGCGGCGCACGCCGCAGAGCACCGCCGAGCGCACAGCGCCCACUACCGCAACCGCAGCUCGGCGCAGCCCGCCAGCCCGCGCAACUUCCAGCGGCCGCCUCGCAACUUUUCCCAACUCCACCACGGCUGCCCGCCGCCGCCGCCACUGUGGCUCCCUCCGAGCCUACCACCCACCCCAAACCCCAGAAACAAACCGAGGCUCGAAAACGCUCCCAUCCCCAGCCCGCCUCCCCCCAUCCCCCGCUCCCCCUCCCAUACCCGGGGCUAGCUGGUUGGCCAGAGGCAACUCUCCUCCGCCUGGGGGGAAGGGGAGGGGAGGGGGAGAUUCUCUCAUCUCCUCUCCCCCCCCCCCCACCCCACCC